AUGAGGCUGCUUCCUGCGGGGGAGCAGAGCUCGAUCUGGUCCACGCUCCAUGCGCAGCUCGCCGGAGCGAAGGACUUCCCCUUCGACCAGGGCGCCUUCCAGGCCCGCACAGUCAGCGGUGACGAGGAGGGCCUUUGGGCCGUGCUGGCCACCAACUUUCUGAUGGGCCGGAUGGGCCACGACUUGUUGUCACAUGGGCAGGGAAAGCCGUUGGGUCUCAUGGAUCUCGGGGGAUCGAGUACUCAGAUCGGCAUCCCAUCGCCUGUCGCAGCAGAGAAAGGGAUCAACUUCUCCAGUGGCGUGCUGGUCAAGAGCUACCUGGGAUUCGGAAUGACGCACAUCCAGCACAAGGUGAGAAGCAAGUUCGGGAGUGACCUCAGUUGCUAUAUGCCGGGCUCGCAGACCAAAGAGGAAGGUCCUCUUCAAGGAGACCGCUUUGGAGAUGCGCCGAACUGCCGCAAGCUCAUUGCGGACCUGCUUCAGCAGGAGUCGACUUCCUGUCUAGCGGAGAGUCAGAGCGCCUGCCUCGGGGAUCUGAAGGGCAACCAGGAGAGCGCGUGGGCAAUUGAGGGGGACGUGGACUUCUACGGCGUCUCUGGGCUGACUUACGUCAUGGACUUCGUCCGAUGGUGGCUGCAGAACUCCGAGCAGAAGCAUCCCUUUCUGGACACCUACCCGAAGCCUACACUGAACGAGCUUCAGUCGGCCGUGGACCUCAUGUGCUCCGGGCAGUACCAGAAGAUCAAGGACUGGACCGACCAGAAGACGAAGAGGCAUCAGUUCACCGACUACGACAACCUUCCUUUCCGAUGCUUCCAGGCCAACUACAUCUUAGUGCUUCUGG